CUGCCGCGUGCCCCGCGCCCCCGCGCCCGUACCCGCACUCGGCACCGUCGCCCGAGGGUGCCGCCCCCUCCCUGCACGGUUUGGUGUGCCCUGCUGCCGCCAGGCUCGAUCUGUGCUGCAGGAACCCGCACCGCUGCUAGUUGAAGCUGCCGCCAAAGUUGCCGCCGCCGCCGCCGCCGCCGUGUCCCCUGUCCCCGGUCCGCUUCCGGUCAGCGCCUGGUCCCCCGUGGCCGUGGGCUUCCUGGCGGCGUCGUGGCUGGGGCCCGCGCCGGCCGUGCUCGUGCUCUGUGGCAGCCGCCCCUCGGUACUCAGGCUGUCAUCUCCUGGGUUCCCUGGCACCUCCUCCCGUCGUCCCCCGUCGCACAGGUUGUCGCCUCCUUGAGUGUCAGCGCGUACGCCAGUCAUAUCCACGCCUUCUCCGAGGUGUCACCGGUGCCAGGGGUCCCUCAUCUCCCGGCAGUGGUGUUCUGCUGGUGAUGUGUGCCCGUCCUGUCACCGAGACGUCCGGAGCAUGAGCACUUUGCGGCCAGGCCCGCCCUGACCUCCCCUCCACUGACCCCUUGGGGGUGCGAGGCUUCCCCGGUGAAGAGGAGCUUUUCCCGGGGCCCCGCAGGGGCAGGCACCUGUGUAAUGUCCCUGGCCUCAGGGUAGAGCAGCUGAGCCACGAGAGUAUGAGGAGAGCGCGUCCAUAGGGCAGGGAAGAUGGCAGACAAGCGCAAACUCCAAGGUGAGAUUGAUCGCUGCCUGAAGAAGGUGUCUGAGGGUGUGGAGCAGUUUGAAGACAUUUGGCAGAAGCUCCACAAUGCAGCCAAUGCGAACCAGAAAGAAAAGUAUGAGGCCGACCUAAAGAAGGAGAUUAAGAAGCUACAACGGCUGAGGGACCAGAUCAAGACAUGGGUGGCCUCCAACGAGAUCAAGGACAAGCGGCAGUUGAUUGACAACCGCAAGCUCAUUGAGACGCAAAUGGAGCGGUUCAAGGUUGUGGAGCGAGAGACCAAAACCAAGGCGUACAGCAAGGAGGGUCUGGGCCUGGCCCAGAAGGUGGACCCUGCCCAGAAGGAGAAAGAGGAAGUCGGCCAGUGGCUCACAAACACCAUCGACACCCUAAACAUGCAGGUGGACCAGUUUGAGAGUGAGGUGGAGUCCCUGUCGGUGCAGACACGCAAGAAGAAGGGUGACAAGGAUCAGAAGCAGGACCGGAUCGAGGGCUUGAAGAGGCACAUUGAGAAGCACCGCUACCACGUGCGCAUGCUGGAGACCAUCCUGCGCAUGCUGGACAAUGACUCUAUCCUGGUGGAUGCCAUCCGCAAAAUCAAGGAUGACGUGGAGUACUACGUCGACUCGUCCCAGGACCCCGACUUCGAGGAGAACGAGUUCCUCUACGAUGACCUGGACCUCGAGGACAUUCCACAGGCGCUGGUCGCCACCUCCCCACCAAGCCACAGCCACAUGGAGGACGAGAUCUUCAAUCAGUCCAGCAGCACGCCCACCUCCACUACGUCCAGCUCACCCAUCCCACCAAGCCCGGCCAACUGCACAACGGAGAACUCGGAGGACGAUAAGAAGAGGGGACGCUCCACAGACAGUGAAGUCAGCCAGUCACCAGCCAAAAAUGGCUCCAAGCCUGUCCACAGCAGCCAGCACCCCCAGUCCCCAGCCGUGCCACCCACGUACCCUUCGGGGCCCCUGCCUGCCACCUCUGCCUUGAGCACCACCACUGGCAACAAUGGGGCCCCUGCUUCCACAGCAACACCAAGUGCCCUGGGCCCCAAGGCCAGCCCAGCUCCUGGCCACAGUUCAGGCACCCCGGCCCCAUAUGCUCAGGCUGUGGCCCCACCUGCCGCCAGCGGACCCAGCACUGCCCAGCCCCGGCCCCCCAGCACCCAGCCGGGUGGUGGGAGUGGCGGGGGCGCCGGAGGGAGCGGCAGCAGCAGUGGCAGCGGCGGGGGUGGUGGGGCCGGCAAGCAGAACGGCGCCACUAGUUACAGUUCUGUUGUGGCAGAUAGCCCCGCAGAGGUGGCCCUAAGCAGCAGCUCGGGCAGCAGCACCAGCAGCCAGGCCCUGGGCCCCUCCUCAGGCCCGCACAACCCACCUCCCAGCACCACGAAGGAGCCCAGUGCAGCUGCCCCGACGGGGGCUGGGGGUGUGGCCCCCGGCUCAGGGAACAACUCUGGGGGUCCCAGCCUCCUGGUGCCACUGCCUGUGAACCCCCCCAGCUCUCCAACACCCAGCUUCAGUGAGGGCAAGGCGGCUGGGGCCCUGCUCAAUGGGCCCCCGCAGUUCAGCAGUGCCCCAGAGAUCAAGGCCCCUGAGCCCCUGAGCUCCCUAAAGUCCAUGGCUGAGCGUGCAGCCAUCAGUUCAGGCAUUGAGGACCCUGUGCCAACGCUCCACCUGACUGAUCGAGACAUCAUCCUGAGCAGCACCUCGGCGCCCCCUGCCUCGACGCAGCCGCCCCUGCAGCUGUCGGAGGUGAACAUCCCGCUGUCGCUGGGUGUGUGCCCGCUGGGCCCGGUGCCCCUCACCAAGGAGCAGCUCUACCAACAGGCCAUGGAGGAGGCCGCCUGGCACCACAUGCCCCACCCCUCCGACUCGGAGCGCAUACGGCAGUACCUGCCCCGGAACCCCUGCCCGACGCCCCCCUACCACCACCAGAUGCCGCCCCCGCACUCGGACACUGUGGAGUUCUACCAGCGCCUGUCCACCGAGACGCUCUUCUUUAUCUUCUACUAUCUGGAGGGCACUAAGGCGCAGUAUCUGGCGGCCAAGGCCCUGAAGAAGCAGUCCUGGCGGUUCCACACCAAGUACAUGAUGUGGUUCCAAAGGCAUGAGGAACCCAAGACCAUCACCGACGAGUUCGAGCAGGGCACCUACAUCUACUUUGACUAUGAGAAGUGGGGCCAGCGGAAGAAGGAGGGCUUCACCUUCGAGUACCGCUACCUGGAGGACCGGGACCUCCAGUGACCCUGGCCUCCCCUACGCUCCCCGCAUGCUGAUACCCCUGCCCCGAGCCUGUGGCCCAGGCCUCCGCCUUCACCCCUCCCCAGGACGCAGGGAGGAGCCGGGAGGUCCUCCCAGCCCCACCUUGGGGCCCGGGGCGAGGGCUGCCCCUUCCCCUCCCCAGUGAGGGACUUUUUUGGUAAACCUAUUUUCAUUUUGGAAAAUAUUUAUGAAUAAAUAGUUUUAUAUGA